AUAGGAAGCCAUCGAGAUCAAAAAGCUACGGUUUGUGUACGGACCGGUAGCAUCGCAUCGAUCGAUCUCGUCGACGGCGAGAUGUCUACCUUCAGCGGAGACGAGACCGCCCCCUUCUUCGGCUUCCUCGGCGCCGCGGCCGCGCUCGUCUUCUCCUGCAUGGGAGCUGCGUACGGGACGGCCAAGAGCGGGGUCGGUGUGGCGUCGAUGGGGGUUAUGCGGCCGGAGCUCGUGAUGAAGUCGAUCGUGCCCGUGGUGAUGGCUGGAGUGCUCGGGAUCUACGGAUUGAUCAUUGCUGUGAUCAUAAGCACCGGGAUCAACCCCAAGGCUAAGUCGUAUUACCUCUUCGAUGGGUAUGCGCAUCUAUCGUCCGGCCUGGCUUGUGGCCUCGCGGGCUUGUCCGCCGGCAUGGCUAUCGGGAUCGUCGGUGAUGCCGGAGUCCGGGCCAACGCUCAGCAGCCAAAGCUAUUUGUAGGCAUGAUUCUCAUCCUCAUUUUUGCCGAAGCCCUUGCGCUAUAUGGCCUUAUCGUCGGCAUCAUCCUCUCCUCUCGUGCUGGCCAAUCUCGAGCCGAGUGAGAAACAAAAGUUGUAUGUGUUACAUGCUCAUUUUCUAUUUAUAUCAAACAUCAAUUCUAUGUUUCCGCUGUACUUGUCACUAAAGAUUCUUUCCGUGUUAUGGUAUCCAAAAUGUAUCGAACUCUUGACGAUUACGUCUGACAAAUAAUUAGCACCCCUAUCUUAACUCUUAA